AUGGGUAAACAAGGACCUUGCCAUCACUGUGGAGUUACAAGCACACCACUUUGGCGCAAUGGACCACCAGAGAAGCCAAUACUAUGCAAUGCUUGCGGUUCUCGGUGGAGGACAAAGGGAACACUUGCAAAUUAUACGCCUUUACAUGCUCGAGCUGAAACUGAUGAUUUUGAUGAUCAAAGGCAUUCCAGGGUUAAGAGCAUAUCGUUAAAUAAGAACAAAGAAAUGAAAUUGCUCAAACGGAAGCCAUACCAUGAUAAUGUAGCAUCUGGUGGGAUUGCAUACGAUUACAACCAGGGAUUCCUAAAGGCUGUUGAUGAAGAUAUGAGCAACCGAUCAAGUUCGGGGUCAGCCUUGUCUAACUCAGGAAGCUGUGCACAAUUUGGCGGAACAGAUGCUAGUGAUCUGACAGGACCUGCUCAGUCAGUGACCUGGGAUGCCACAGUGCCUUCAAAAAAGAGGACAUGUGUUGGUCGUGCAAACCAUUCUUCUGUAGAGGAGUUCACAAAAGAGUUGUGCUCUAUUCUUCAUGAACAACAAUCAUAUUUUUCUGCAUCUUCUGAAGAGGAACUUCUUUACGAAAAUGAAGCACCAAUGGUCUCAGUUGAGAUAGGACAUGGAAGUAUGCUCAUUAGGCAUCCUAGCUAUGUAGCUCGCGACGAAGAGUCUGAGGCUAGCUCUCUUUCAUUUGAUAAUAGGCAAUACCCGAUGAGUGACACAUAUUCUUAUUCUGGUGCCAUUCCUAUGCAUAAUGGUUCCAGUCACACAAACUUCUCAUGUCAGGGAGCUGAAAAGGCAAGGAACUCAGUUUUCCAGGGAAUGAAGCAGGAGCAACUUAAAAGUGACAAGUCUCAGCUUGAAAGAGCGCAAAUCCUUGGAAAUCAUGAUUCACCCCUGUCUGAAAUAGAUUUAAAUGAUGUUGUAAACUAUGAAGAGUUUUUGAGAAUCUUGACUAAUGAAGAGCAGCAGCAAUUACUGAAGUUUCUUCCCGUGGUUGAUACUGCUAAACUUCCUGAUAGCCUUAAGGUCAUGUUCGAGAGCUCUCAAUUCAAGGAGAACUUAACUUAUUUUCAGCAGCUUCUUUCGGAAGGUGUCUUUGAUAUCUCUUUGUCGGGGGCAAAACCUGAAGACUGCAAGACUUUGAUAAGAUAUGCACUGUCUAAUCUGUCAAAGUCAAAAUGGGCGGAACACUACCAUCAUAUCAAGAGAUGUAAAAGUAGAGCUGAAAAAUCUGAUACUUCAGGGUCUGCUGGUAUAGCAUCGACCAAUGUUGCAAACAUGAAAAGAAUGCGUGAUAGCAGAAAUCAGAAUUUUCCAGAGGUAAAGACAAUAAUGAGGAGCCCCAAAAGAAUGAUCACAAAGUCUGGUUAUGAGGGAAAAGUUAAAGAUGCUGGCAGUUUCUAUAAUCCAAAAAGCCUAUUUCCUUUGCCUCCUGAUGCUAGCUCAAAUUUGCUAGAUUCUUUUAUCUUUGUGGAGGACAGUUCUGAUCAGGAUCUGCUUCUUGAAGUGCCUUCUAAUAAUUCUUUUCCACAGGCAGAACUACUGCACCCAACUUUGAGCUUUGGAGCUCAAGCAAGCACUAGUAGUAGCUCAGCAUACUCACAUCUUGUGAAGCAUUAA